AAUGAUUAUCAUCAAGAAAGGGCAAGGAUUUUGCGGGCGUGUGGGACUUUAGACGCUGUCCUUACGCCAAUGUUACGCCAUACGAUAUUAUACAUUUGACCUUUCAGGGAAAACUAAAGCGAGAAGAAGAAGAAGAAGAAGAGAGGAAGCGUCAGCGUGGGAUCAGCGUCCGCUGCGUGCGCCAGAGACAAUCCGAACGAGCGAACGAGUGGCCUGGUUGAUUGUGGACGAUGGAAUGAUGAUGUGUCCGUUUAUGUGUAUGUGUGUGCUGUGUGGCCAUAUUUUCAGCCCCCUUUUAUCGCGAUCUUUUAGAAUUGUACAGGAUAGUUGCGAAGGAUGUAUGUGUGCGCGCGAGAGAGAGCGAAAAAAUAAAAGGGAAACGGCAGCAGAACAGCGCUUGUGGUCGAAUGUUGUGGGCUGAUGUUCAGACUGUUCAGUUGGAGAAGAAUGGUUGGAGGCCGCUAGUGAUAUAAUUAUAUAUGCCUCUAUAUAUAUAUACAUAUACAUAAACCUAUAACUACAAAUGUUAAAUGUAAAGCGAAGGUAGCGUUCGCCUGUUUAAAAGAAGAAGGAGAAACAUAGAGAACGGAAACAAAUCGGCAUCAACCUUGUAUGGCAGAUAAUGCGCAGGAAAGAGAAGUAGCAAAGAAGGAGUGUUGCACUACGAGUGGAAUAAAAGAGGCGAUCCAGAACGAUGGACCGGCAUUAUCCUGUAAACGUGGCCGGCCAGUGGGCGUUUGUCGACGAAAGAAACGAAAAUACAUUUGUGUGUUCAUCAUUCGCCCCCGGGGGAAGAGUAGCCUGGGGUCCAGUACAGUGAAGCAUAUCUUGGCGAUCCCUAGACCGUCACUCGAGAGAGUGCAAUACGCUCGUAGUCGAUUGAGUAAACGGGUUUACAAAUUAUCGGAGAUACCAAUUAACACCAAGAACCAUGAUAUAGGGAAUUGUACAAUUUUGCCGGACGGUGUUUAGCGAAUGGAUUCUACUCGCGACGUUUUUAGAUUUCCAAUGUUUCUGAUGUUUGUAGAGACGAUGUUUGACGAUGAUUUUUAUGUAGCAAAUGUUAUCCAAUGCAUUUACUCCUACACCACACGCUCUUUGUCUCUCGACAGCGUCAGUAGAACCGAAAAUCCGAACGGAAGCGAUAGGCGUUGGCAAACGGGAAGCAAAAAGCGUAGAAUUCAAUUUUCAAAUCGUGGCAGGCGUGGUCUUACUUUUCUCUUUGCUCUGUCGAUGGUACGUGGAAGAAAAUGGAAGUCGUCCAUGUUUUAAAAACGAAUUUUUAACCAGUACACUCACUCCUAACAGUUAAUCAAAAAAAGUAGCGAAAUGGAUCAAAAGACGUCGGAUCGCCGGAAUGAAGUAAUCAAAUAAUCGAAACCAAUAGAUAGCAAUAGAAAUGGUUACAAGCACUUCUCUUUAGUAAAUUUGACAACCGAAGCGUCACGAAUGGACCGAAUUUAAUGAUAGAUUUUGCCGCCUUGCGAUAGAAGGGCCACCGUGGAUAACCGUAGAACGAGCCACGCAUAAACCGCGGGGGCUCGGCGAACUGCGGUGUAGUUAGGUGUAUUCGUUGUAUUUCCUUUAGCGACGAGAACUGUUAGGACAAAAAAGGUACAUUUAAAAUGAACGGUUGUUUCCAAAACAUUGGUAAAAGGGAAGGGCAUAUCAUGUUGUGUAAACGGGAAAGGGGAGCGCGAAUGUGCGAAUGAUUCGAAUGCGAUGAGCAGCACGGGCAGCUAGGACAUCCCGUGUUUCCGUGUUCUGGUGCCACGCACUCGAGGAGAUAGAGGGCUUGACAAUAGAAUUGGCGUAAAGGUGUGGAAAGCUGUGAAUGUUACGAAGUUGGGGCUGUAAUUAAACACAAGCGAGUUUCCUGGA